GGGGGGGGGGGUUCCCUGAAGUGUUUUGAUGCUCUAUAGAUAUUUUUUGUUUUAUUGUGAAAAGAAUCAACUGAGUGGAUUUUAAUGAUUUUGACUAGAAGAGUGGAGAAUUUAUGGAUUUUGUAGAUUGCGAAAGUUUUACCAUACAAAGCUCUUUCAGUUUCACUUCUGUUGAUAACCAUCUGAGGUGACUUGGGUUCAUUAAGCUGUUAUGCCGCAAAAGCAAGCUGGAAUGUUGUAAAACACGAAUUGUUUUGUCCUCAGAUUCAGCUGGAAUGAAUAAAACUCUUGAUAACAUCUUCCUGAGAUUGGAUGAAGGACAAAGGAUGAAGAUUGCAUCAAAUGGGUGGUGGUGGGGGGGGGGGGGGUAUUGAAACCUGUCAAAACAGGAAAUUAAUGCAAGAUCACAAAAGUAUUUAAGCCAGAAUCAGAGGAUUCAUUUCAUCUCCGCACAUUCAGGAGACAGAAAUCCACACAGGAAACCUUCACUUUGAUUUCUUCGUUCUUGGAAAAGAGAAUAAACAAAGAGCUCAAGACAGACCAUGUCUGCCAACAGUGAAGACCUGCAGGUGGCACUGUUGGAGUACACUAAAGACACCCUCACAUACAUCCACACUGUGAGGACAUUCUGUGAGAUGUCUUCUAAGUGGAAGCAGUUCAGGGAGACUGAGGUGGAAAUGCUGAAGGACAUCAAAGACAGAGCUGAGAAACUAGAGCCAAAUCUCAGAGACGUGACCCAGUCUGAGAACAAAGGAAAGGCCUUUCAGCAGUACAUGAAGAAGACAUUCAACAGUUCUUUUGUAGACAGACAGCGUACAGAGCUGGAGGGCGAGCUGACCGAGCUGCUGAAGGACGUCCUGCAGGUUCUAAAAGAGAUCAGCUCCUUCCUGGAGGCUGUGGAGAAACUAGCUUCCACCUCACUGGAGGUCUUCACAGAGAAUAAGCUGCUCCAUCUGCCCAGAGACGUCACGCUGAAUCACUUUCAGGUCGUGGUCUUGGCUGCGAAUGCAAUCUGUCCUCUGGUGUUGGACUUCAAGAUAGACAUGGAUCCGUUUUUCCUCCCGAGGCUUCAGAAUGUGGAGGUCCUGGCGCACCAGCUGGAAAAAUACAUCCAGACCAUCAGCAACAUCUGUGAGAAGUUUGGGAAAAGCUGCUUUAGUGACUUUGACCUGGAAACGGUUGGAGAGACGGUGGUCGACCUGAGUGCUCGUUUACCUGAAGAAGACAUCCAGAGGAUGCUCGAUCACAUUAACCAGCUGGCUGAGAUCAGGAACGAUCCACACUUCCGGAUGGCAUUCCUAUUCAAACAGGUAUCAGCUGAACACUUUGUCACUGAGUUUAAGAACCGACAGCCCAGAAUGCUGACAUUCCUGAAGGAUCUGGAGGACACCGCCGUUAAGCUGGACAGGAUGAACAAGGGAGCGAGGAUUUCCACUGUGGCCGGUAGUUCAGUGGGGGCGGUCGGUGGCGUUCUGUCCAUCGUUGGCUUGGCGUUGAUACCUUUCACUGCCGGAGUGUCCCUGUCUCUGACUCUGGCCGGGGUUGGACUGGGAAUCACCAGCGGCGUCAACAGCAUCGUGACCACUGCCACUGAAAUGGGAGUGAACAAAACUCAAGAGAAAAAAGCCAAUAACUCCUUCCAGAACUUCAUGGAGGAUGUGCAGAGGAUCCAGGAUUGUGUGGAUGAAGCAAAAUGUCUGACAGACUCUGAAGUGACAGCUAACACGGGAGAAAUGAAUGUGGAAGUCAACUCUGAGGUUGGUGCUGGUGGGAUGGGCAUUGAUGUGGUGGUUGAUACUGCCUGUGCUAUUAAUGUUUUAAAAAGUGAGCAGGCUGCAGCAGGUGCUGGUAGAGUUUUGGCUCAGGAGGGGAAAGCUCUUAGUAGCAUUCCCAGAGUGGCCUCAGAUAUCCCUGAUCUCGGUCAGGCAGCAGCCAAAACCUCUGUUGCUGUAACCAAAACAGCCCGAGCUGGUUUCAUCACACUUAACGCUCUCUUCCUGGGUAUGGACGUCUUCAUGAUCUACAAAACCAGCAAGAAUCUGGCCAAAGGCAGCGAGACUCAAGUGUCAAAAUUCAUCCGAGCCAGAGCGGCGCUGUGGAGCUCAGUGAUGGAUUCAUGGCAGAAGAUGUUCGACUCUCUGGUCCAAGGUUUGGAAACAUUGAAGGAGAAGGAGGCCGUUCUGGAGUCACCGUUUUACCCGAGACUGAGAUAAAAAAACAAAUAGAAACCAAAGAGGAGGAGCAGUCUGAAGAGGAAGUAAAACCACAAAAUCAAAUGUAACACAGCAAUAUCUACAAGAUUUAAAAUUUGAUUUGUAAAUGUUCUCAUUGCAUCUGUUUGAGGCAGUUCACUAAAUGAUUAUUUCAAGACUUUUAAGUUUCUUUGCUGUCUAUUGUCAAUUACUUUUUUUUGUGUGAUUAUAAUCCUUUUAUGCAUCGGCACCUUUAGACAUUUAUGAGUAAAUACUAAUUAAAGUGUACUUUGCGAUCAUACAUUGCUUCUUUAUUCAAUGUUUCUGUCUGUUAAAGUGGCUUCAAAUCACUGUUGUACCUUGUGGUAUAUAAAUAAAGCUGAAUUGAAUUGAA